AUGACAGAACGCACAGUGGAAUCGCUCAAGGAGCAAAGCUUCAAGACGAAAGAAGAUCUUGUGCCCGUUGAUUCCGUUGCGGAUGGCGACAGCCUCGAAGCUAUGACUGCAGUUGAGGAGAAGCGAUUGCUCAGGCGUAUCGAUAUGUGCAUGUUGCCUAUGCUGGCCAGUCUCUCCUUCCUCAACUAUCUCGAUAGGUCCACUCUGGGCUCGGCAUCUAUCAUGGGCUUGAUCAGUGAUCUUAAACUUACCAGCUCAGAAUACUCCUGGGCCAAUAGCAUCUUUUAUUUUGGAGCAUUCACAUUCACCUGGGCGGCAUCAUACCUCAUGGUCCGACUACCAGUUGGAAAGUUCAUCGUCGGUACUUUGUACGCCUGGGCGUUGCUCAUUGGCCUCACUGCAGCGUGUAAGAACUUCGAAGGUUUGAUGGCGGUUCGUUUUCUUCUUGGAGCUGCAGAGUCCGCUAUCAUUCCUGGGUCUAGUCUCAUUACUGGCAUGUGGUAUAAGCGUGCGGAGCAUCCUCUCCGACACGGAGCUUGGUUCGUAGGGACCUCCGUUGGUGUCAUGUGUGGAGGACUCCUCGCGUACGCAAUAGCUCACAUCGAAGGCGGAAUUGGCCCUUGGAAGUGGUUGUUCAUAAUCUUCGCGAUUGUGACAAUUGUUUUGGCGUCUUUUCUCCUCUGGGCUCUGCCAGAUACACCACGCAAUGCCCGCUUUCUGUCGAAGACACAGAAAUCUCAGGCGAUUAAUCGUAUUCGCACGAAUCAUCAGGGUUUCAAGGAUACUCACUUCAAAUGGUAUCAAGCUAGGGAAGCACUUCUUGACGUCAAAGUCUGGCUCCCUGCGAUGAUCGCUUGUGCCCUUAGUAUCACCAAUGGUGCUCUCAAUGCGUUCAAUCCGAUAAUACUAGUUAGCUUCGGCUUCACGAGACUCGAGGCAUAUUUAUUCAACAUUGCCAUCGGAGGCGUCCACGCAUUCUUCAUCCUCAGCUCCUCGUACCUCUGUACCAAGAUUCCGAACAUCCGAUGCCUCACGCUCAUUGGAGUUUGUUCGAUUAGUUUGAUGGGCAGUAUCAUCGUGCGAUUGUGCAGUGGCAAGGGAAUUCGAUUGUUCGGGUUUCUUUGCUAUUUCGCCUUCGUUCCAGGGCUCACUAUCUCGCUGUCAUUGAUUGCAUCCAAUACCGCAGGAUUCACCAAGAAGAGUGUUUCUUCUGCUCUAUUCACCGUAUCCUAUUGUGUCGGUAAUAUUGUGGGACCAUUCACGUUCCAGCUGAAAGAUGCGCCGAAAUACACCAGUGGUUAUAAUGGCGUCAUUGGCUGCUUUGUUGCGGCUUUAGUAUUUGCCAUCAUACUCUUACUACUCAUUCUGCGGGAGAACCGUCAACGAGACAAAUUGUAUGGUGCACCAUCAGCGGCCUCAGGGGAAGACGAGCAAGGCAUAUUGCCAGUGCUUACUGACGAAACGGAUGGCGAGAACCAUAGUUUCCGCUACGUCUACUAG